UAUUGCUUCGAACGUUCAGAACAUUCGAUGGUCGAUCGGAUUCCCGACGGACGGCAAGUCGCUCGCUUUUUCGUCGUUCGACAGUCGUCGUAGUCGUAGCCAUAGCCGGAACAGGAACUUCCCUGCCCUGAGACAGGACUUUCGAAAAAGCAUCAAAUCUUGAUAUCGAAGAACGCGAAGUAACUUUCGAGCCUUCUUUUGAUUCAAUUUAUUCCGAGUAAAUUAAGUGAUAGUAGUAAGGACUCACCGAAGAGAAAAGCAAAAGUUGUGAAGAACGGAAAAUUAAUUAACGGAAAAUGGUUGGAUAAGCAUCGGGACACGAAAGUUGAUAGCGCGCAUAGCGAGCGAAAUUAAACCAGUUUUAACGCUUUAAGUUUAUCAUUUCGUUUCGGGGUGAAAUUUUACAACUACGAUGUUGCAGCCCGCGGGCCCAAAAGGGAUGGGCCUGGGCAAACGGAUUUUGCGAACGAUGCGACGACUCGGUGAUCGGAAACCGCUCGCAUCCUGGGCGGUGCUAGUGAUUGUAGUGUUGGGUGUGCUGCAGAUUGUCGAUCCCUCGGAUGCAGUGGUUUGCAACCGGACGGCAUGUGAUUGCAAGGGCCUAAAAGGAGCACCCGGUCAAAUCGGUCCUCACGGAAUUCCCGGAGCAUCCGGACUGCCGGGAGAUUUCGGACCCGAUGGACCUCCAGGAUAUGCAGGCGAUCGAGGCUUACGCGGUGAAAUUGGACCAAUGGGCGAAACCGGUUACAGAGGUGACUCCGGUGAACGAGGUCCUGUUGGAUAUCCAGGGAUUCCGGGUUUGCCCGGAGAAGAUGGUCCACGAGGCCCUCGGGGCAUUGACGGGUGCAAUGGAACGGAUGGUGCAAUGGGUAUUCCUGGUAGGCCCGGUUAUCCUGGAGAACGUGGACAGCCAGGUUUACAAGGAGCCACUGGAGCCCGUGGUGACUCAGGUGAAGGAGGUAUCAAUUCCAAGGGCACAAAAGGUGCCAUGGGAGAACCAGGAACACCGGGCCCAGUUGGACCGCAUGGUUUCAUUGGUAGUCGUGGAUUUCCCGGAUUUGAUGGAAGCAACGGAAUUGAUGGAGAACCUGGUAGAAAAGGAGAUAUUGGUGAUAUAGGAGAAGUAUCCACUCAAUAUUGUCCAGGAGAACCAGGAGAUCCUGGUGAGCCGUACCAUUAUUUCACUGGUUCAAAUUCGUCAGUGGUUCAUGGUGCCAAGGGUGAAAAAGGUGAACCUGGUAUGAAUGGUUUAGAUGGGUUGGAAGGGAAAAAGGGUGAACCUGGACUCACUGGAGAACGUGGUGACAGGGGUUACAGAGGUGCACAAGGUAAUGAUGGUGAUCGAGGAAAACAAGGCAAGGAUGGUCCUCCAGGUCCUGCAGGAGAUAAAGGAGAGAAAGGUGCUCCUGGAUUUGCUGGACGAGAUGGAGGAGUCGGUGACAAAGGGGAAGCCGGAGAUGAUGGUAUCGACGGGACUCCGGGCCCUCAGGGAGAACGAGGUGCUCCUGGUUUGUAUGAUCCAACUCUAGCACCCAUUAUAAUUGGCCCUGUUGGACCACAAGGAGACGUCGGUCCACCUGGAAAUCAAGGCUUAGCUGGAAUUCCGGGUGAUCCCGGAAAACGAGGUUUGAUGGGACUACAAGGUCCCCCAGGUGAUCCUGGUCUUGACGGUCAGCAAGGAAGAAAAGGUUCCACGAUAGCUGGUCAACGAGGUGAUGAUGGAGAAAGUGGACCACGCGGUCUGGCUGGCCCAAGAGGUGUCUCUGGCCAACCGGGACCUCAAGGCCCCAAGGGUUACCCAGGAAGAAACCUUCUCGGAGAAAAGGGUGAGUCGGGUUUACCUGGUCUCAACGGAGAAUACGGAGAAAAAGGAGAACAAGGUGAACUGGGAGAAACCGGAGACAAAGGUCUGCCAGGAAUCGGUUACAACAUAACAGGUCCUCCUGGACCCGAUGGUAUUCCUGGACUGCCCGGCCCUGUAGGAGAUGCUGGAUGGAACGGAUUUAUUGGCCUGAAGGGAGACAAAGGAUUCCGGGGUGAAGAUUGCGGAGUUUGCUCUCCAGGACCGCGAGGAAUAAAGGGUGAUAGUGGAGAUAUAGGUCGUGCCGGUUGGGAUGGUAUCGAUGGAAGUCGAGGUUUACCAGGACCCAGAGGAUUCAAGGGAGCCUCCGGCAAACCGGGCUUGAAAGGAAUCCAGGGCAUGAAAGGAAUACAGGGUGAUGACGGCGAACCGGGAUGGCCCGGUGCCAAGGGUCAAAAAGGUCUGAUCCAUACGGUGGGAAGUGUGGUCAAAAUCUACGGCGACAAAGGUGACAAGGGCGUGCGAGGUGAGCAGGGAGAAAAGGGCGACAUCGGGCUGCACGGUUAUCCCGGAUUUAUGGGUGGACCUGGCGAGCCGGGUGAGCUUGGUGACGACGGCAAUCCCGGAUUCAGAGGGCGUGACGGCGAGCCUGGUAUACCCGGACGUGACGGUGUCCAUGGUAGAGACGCUGUAUUCAACGAGUACACCCUGUGGUCUCUGAGGGGAACGCCUGGAGCACAUGGAGAUAGAGGAGUGAAAGGUGAACAAGGAGAUCAAGGUAAUCGUGGAGAACCUGGAGAUGAAGCAGAGUUCUUCUCUGAAGCUGGCGAUAAAGGAAUCCGCGGAGAAGUAGGAGAUCAAGGUCCUAAAGGCGAGAAGGGCUACCGAGGAGAAAUUGGAGAUGAGGGUGAUCGUGGUUUCGAUGGUAGGCCUGGUUUGCAGGGCGAUAGCAUUCAAGGACCAACUGGAUACAAAGGCUACUUCGGUAUGCCUGGCGAUCAUGGUUUUCAAGGAGAGGAAGGAAACCCUGGUAUUCCUGGUGUUGAUGGUCCUGCUGGCCUGCCUGGAUUGAAGGGACAACGUGGUGAUCCAGGAAGAGCGGUCUUGUUCGGUGAAAUGGGUGAAGAAGGUGAGGCUGGCUACUUCGGAGAAUUUGGUGACAAAGGUUUCAAAGGACCAGACGGAUACCGCGGAUCACCCGGCAUUGUUGGCCCUAAAGGAGAAAAAGGAGAUGAUGGAAUAUUUGGCCGUAUUGGUUUACCUGGAAAUAAGGGUAUGGUGGGAGAUGUGAUUUAUGGAGAUAGAGGAGCUCCUGGAGCCCCUGGUAUACCUGGAAGCUCUGCCCCAUAUGGCGAUAAAGGAGAACGUGGUGAACCUGGAAUUGAAGGCCCUCAGGGACCUAAGGGAGAAGUUGGUGAUACCGGUCGCGAUGGAUUACCGGGCUUCUCCGGAGAUGACGGACUACCUGGCGACCCAGGUCUACGAGGAAUUCACGGUUAUAUGGGUGAAGAAGGUCUCCAAGGCGAGCGAGGGGAAAUUGGAGAUCAAGGUAAUCCUGGCAUUACCGGUCGUAGAGGUUAUCCGGGCUUGAGGGGAGAAAAAGGAGAAUUUGGCGACGAUGGCAGCAUUGGAUACUCCGGUAGGCCUGGCCGAAAUGGAACCAAAGGUGAACGUGGUGAUUUAGGAUUGCCAGGUGUACGAGGACUCAAAGGCGCCCCCUCAUUCAGUGGUUUGAAGGGAGAUGUUGGUGCAUACGGUUUACAUGGACCACCCGGCUUGGACGGAGCUGUAGGCUUACCUGGAUUGAAGGGCGAAGAAGGCGAUGCUGGUGUGGUGAUCGAUGGUUAUCCUGGUUUGAAGGGCCCGAAAGGAGCUCCAGGGUAUAACGGACUACCUGGUAGACCAGGCAUGAAAGGCGAACGAGGAGAUGAGGGUAAUCUAGGGCAAAAGGGUAUUCAGGGUGAUAAAGGUAGAGAUGGAUUCCCAGGAAUACCCGGCCGACGAGGUAAAGAUGGCCCGCGGGGAUUGCCAGGACUCAGAGGACUGCACGGAAGCCGCGGAGAACAAGGCGAUGAAGGAGAAAUGGGAUAUGUUGGAUUUGUUGGUGAAAAGGGCGAACGUGGAGAUGUUGGCAGAAUUGGUCUACCUGGAUUGCAAGGUUUAGAAGGAGAACAAGGUUUUCCGGGAUUGCCAGGAGAGCUGCUUUUCAAAACACCAGAAAAAGGAGAUCGCGGUGAAACUGGAUACACUGGACUGGAAGGAAUGCCAGGCUUCCCUGGUCUCAAAGGUCGCCCAGGAUAUCCAGGUGAAAAAGGUGAUCCUGGCCCUCGAGGUGAACCUGGAUUUGCUGGUCGCAAUGGUUUGGAUGGCCUUAAAGGACAACAAGGUGAGCCAGGAUUCAAAGGGCCCCGAGGAUCGUUGGUUACUCCUCCUGAAAAGGGAGAUCAAGGAGAUUCUGGUUACGAUGGAUUCCCAGGACGUGUAGGAGUUCAAGGAAGUAAAGGUGCUCCUGGAGAUUACGGAGAUGAUGGUUUGCCUGGUAUACCCGGAAUGGUGGGAAUGGUGAGUGGUUCGUUCAAGGGACGGAAAGGUGAGAUUGGGUUCGAGGGUGGCCCUGGUUUCGAUGGUUUGCCUGGAUUACCGGGUCAACCAGGUCCCAUAGGAGCUCCAGGUGAAAAGGGACUACCAGGAAGCAUUGGACUUUCCAUUCGCGGAUUCAAAGGAGAGCAAGGUGAAGAUGGGUUGAUUGGUCUAGAUGGCAUGCCAGGACCACAAGGAUUCCCUGGAGAUGUUGGCCCAGUUGGACGUCCAGGUCUUCGUGGAUUGCCAGGAAUCAAGGGCGAAAUGGGAGAUAUUGGUGAGGAAGGAUACUUUGGACGACUAGGGCUCAAGGGUAUGAAAGGAGAACGAGGAGAUCCAAUUGUACUUGACAACUGGAGACCGAAUCAACCUGGUGAUCGUGGUGUUCCAGGUAAUAAGGGAGCUGCUGGUGAUGAAGGUGAUAUGGGUCCUCCAGGAUAUCCAGGUCUUGUUGGUUCUAAAGGAGUACAAGGGCAACAAGGACUCGUCGGUGAAGAAGGACAAAUGGGUUUCAAGGGAGAAAGAGGAUUGCAAGGAGCUCCAGGCCUCAACGGUUUGAAUGGUUUGCCAGGAUUGAAAGGUGAAAUUGGUGAUCCUGCUCCGCCACCGCCUCCAGCAAAGAGUCGCGGUUUCAUAUUUACCAAACAUUCACAAUCGGUACAUAUUCCGGAGUGUCCACUGAAUACGGCCAAAUUGUGGGAUGGAUAUUCGCUUGUCAGUGUUAUCGGAAGUAGUAGAACGGUUGGACAGGAUUUGGGAUCCGCUGGCUCGUGUUUGCGGAAGUUCAGUACAAUGCCGUACAUGUUCUGUGACAUCAACAAUGUGUGUAACUACGCAGCUAAUAAUGAUGACAGCAUAUGGUUGGCUUCUCCUGAACCUAUGCCAAUGUCUAUGGCACCGAUGAAAGCUCGCGAGGUCGAACGGUACAUCUCGAGAUGUUCAGUGUGUGAGACAACGACACGGGUAAUUGCAAUCCACAGUCAAACAAUGGCUAUUCCAGAUUGUCCAGGCGGUUGGGAAGAACUAUGGAUCGGUUACAGUUAUGUGAUGCAUACAACUGAUAACAGUGGAGGCUUUGGUAUGGACUUGACUUCUCCUGGAUCAUGCUUGGAGGAAUUCCGUGCACAACCGGUUAUUGAAUGUCACGGCCAUGGAACAUGCAACUUCUACGACGGAAUCACAUCGUUCUGGUUGACGAUCAUUGAAAACGGAGAAGAAUUCAACCAACCGAAACAGCAGACGCUGAAGGCUGACCAAACCAGCAAGAUUAGCAGGUGUAUCGUUUGCCGUCGUAAGGCCGGAUUCUUGCGAGUGCUUCCGGGAGGUUUCAUUGGAGCUUCUGCCUUGAGGCGUCCGGACAUUGCAACGGUUCCCAAGCCUUACUAUCCGCAACCGCCCAGACGACGAGUGAAACCAGCUGGCCGAUCGCGAAGCCGUCAUCAAGGCUAGAAGUUUCCCUCAGUUUAGUCACUAGUUGUAGUGUAAGGUGAAUAGCUCUCCACAACGAAUUUAGUGCUGUUAAAUGUGCCAUUCUGGUUCGUCUACUGCAGCAAAUCGAAUUCCAUGGGUUUGUUAAACGUGUACUACCAGCAUAACAGCGAUAUUUAUAAAACUAAAGUCUAACCAAUAGCUCUUCCCGAAUCCUCCUUAACUCCCGAAAUUUUCAUUUGCUACGUAAUACAAUGAACUAUGCUAGGUUAAUACGAUGCCAAAAAUAAGGGAAAGUAGUACGUUUUCAGAAUAAGUUACUUCGCUACAAAGCUUAAGUCAAUCCUUUUAGAGUAUAGUUUCCAAUUUUGUAAAUUUUGUUAUCAAACUGCCGAAAGUGUAUUUAAAAGUUAAGAAUAGCACCUGCUAGUUUUCCACGUGACUUGUAACCAUUCUUCAGUGUACGACUUCAACUUACCGAUGAUUCUCUGGAGAAUUUAUUUCGCAAGAAUUAGUUAACUAUACAAUGUGUAAAUGUGAAUUUUACGAAUAAAGGUUAAAAACUGA